UGCCGCGGCCGCGGCGCCGCCCAGCGCGAUCGGGGAGUCCCCGGCAGCCGUGCCGAGCCGAGCCGAGCCGUGCUGUGCCGCCUGAGCCGCGCGGGACAUGGCGAACGGGCUGUGCCUGAACGGGUGCAAGCGGCCCGGUGAAGGCGCGGAGGGGCCGCGGAAGAGGCGGAAGGCGGAUGGCGGCCGCGAGGAAAAGUCCUGUCGUUUGUCAGCAGCCCUGCUUGGCGAGGACUCUGAAAUCAGCCAGGACCAGCUGUAUGAGCUGCUGAAAUACGCAGCUCUGGGGAAACGCCACAAUGCAGCACAGCCCAGCUGGUGCCGUAUUUAUCACCAAAGCCACCUGGCUGGAGUUGUGGUUGUUGUUCUACACGAAAUGAGCCAACUCCAUUUCUACAGAUUCUAUUUACAGUUCAAACACCUCAGGAAAGUAUUCCAGCAUAGAUUCACAUUAGCACCUUCUGCUAACUUCCCAGUCAGCCUGUAUGGAGAAGGAACAAACCUGAAGCCUCAAAACAAUCCACAAGGCUUGACUUCCACCAGCAGCGAAUGCAUUACUAAGAAGUCAGACUUGCAAUGUGAUCCCAUCAUUCAGAGAUAUGGAGCAAAAAAGCAAGGCCUUACAAGCUAUACUCUAACUUUAGAAGAGCAGGAAAAACAUGGCUAUCCCAUAGAAGGUUCCCCUAGAUCCGAGGGCUACAUCUCCACAGAGUGUGAUCAGCAGAGGACAGACAGCAGCCCCCUCUUCGGUCUGGAUUGUGAAAUGUGUGUGACUGCCAAAGGGAGUGAGGUCACCCGUGUGUCUCUGGUGGAUGCCCAGGGCCAGUGCCUCCUGAAUGAACUGGUCAAACCUGAGAGCAGAGUGAUGAACUACUGCACCAGAUUCUCAGGAGUCACAAAGAAAAUGCUUCUUCCAGUGAAGACAAGACUGUCAGACAUCCAAACCAGGCUAAAAAAAAUGCUUCCCCAUGAUGCAGUAUUGGUGGGCCAUUCUUUAAAUUUUGAUCUUCAGGCUUUGGAGAUGAUCCACCCCAGUGUAAUUGAUACUUCACUGCUUUUUGCCAGAAGUGAAGGUCGAAGAUUUAAGCUCAAAUUUCUAGCCAAAGCUGUUUUAGGGAAGGAGAUUCAGUGUGAACAGAAGCUUGGGCAUGAUCCUACAGAAGAUGCUAGAGCUGCAUUGGAAUUAGCUCAAUUCUUCAUUGAGCAAGGACCCACAAAGGUAGCAGAACUAAACUUGGAGAUGCUUCUGACAGCUGAAAAAUGGGCUGAGCUCUCACAGAACAAAGCUGCACUACAGCCACAAGGAUGUGGGUUCCAGGAACAGCUGAAUGAGCCUCCACCAUCAUCCAGACCAUGUUUUUUAGAUUGUCUGCAGGUGACAGGCAAAAAACCCCUCCUCUUGGGCAGACAGGGAUUAGACUCUUCUGGCCUGUGUCAGAGUAACCUGAGCACUUCAAACAAACAGAUUCUUCAGAGAGCCUUGGAAGAUGUUCCCCUGUCCAAAUUCAGUAUCAUUCAGUUCAGUUUGGGUCCAGAGUAUCUUGCAUCUCACUUUCAUGCUGGACUUUAUGAAAAGGUGAGAAGCAAGCUGACUGACAUGCUGACAAUUUACGCAGGUCCUUUUGAGGAGAACUUCUGCAUGAAGCGUGUGAAGAAAAAAUUUGGGAGGUGUGGACCAAUUCAGUCCCUUACAGUGGUAACUGAAACAUUCCAGCCCUAUGUCUGUAUCCAGUAUGAAGUGCUGGAAGCUGCCCAGCUUGCAAUUGAAAGACUGAAUGGAGCUGAGGUAGCAGGAUCCUACAUUAAGGUCCAGAGACCAGUCACUGCAGCAAUGCUGGACUGCAAGGUUCUGAUUAAGGAACUAGAACUGGAUGUAGAAAAUGAAGGUGUGAUUUAUGUGGCUGGUCUAAAGAAUUCAUUAACAGAGACAGACUUGCAAGAAGAAUUCAGCCAGUUGAAAGACCUGGAAACACUGUUCCUGCCAAAGGAUCUUCAGAGUGGAAAGCACAGGAACUGCUGUUUCCUCAAAUUCCAGAAAACCCAGAGUGCUGUGGAUGCCCUUGAAGCUAUAAAUGGAAGGACCAUGAAGGGUAGUGUGUUAAGAAGUAGGAAUGCCCUUGCUCCAGGUCACCUCUGGAGAUGGAUUUGGCAAAUGAACCACAGCAAUGGGAAUCAAGGAAAACACAUCUUCUAUGAGAAAAUGGAGCAGCUGUCUGACUCUGAGCAGGAUCUAAGGAAAAAGGUGAAGAAGUUAGACCACCAUAUCAGAAAGCUUUAUAGAAGCCUGCAGAACAACACCCUGUGCAUUGUUCUCUUCCCUGGAGUGAACAGCAUGCAUGGAUCACAAUCUGGCCUUGGUCUGAUGGGAAUAAAAGAUGAUGAAGGGAGGAGUGCUUGUUAAACUGCCAAGAUUUUAAGCAAAGUCUUUUGUUAAGAUAUUUUUAAUUACUUUAAAUAUUGACGUCUUUGUAAAGAUCUCUUACCAUAAGAACAAUAGGCUUUCACUUUGUAUCUUCUACAAUUCUAAAAAUAAAACCAUUCAAAGUGUCUUAAAGCCCAAAACUUUUUCCAUUAACCCUUGUUGCUGUGGUGAGGUGGAGCCAGGCAGGUGCUCAGGGGCAAACCAGAGCAGUGCUCACAGGAGCUGGGCAGGAUUGGCCUGUGGCUGCCAUUCCUUGCUGGAGACCAAGGCACCAGCUGGGGCAUCUCCCCUGCAGCAUCCCAGGCCAUAAACCAGCCAGCCAGGUCAGUGCAGAGCCUGCAGCAGCUGCUCAGCAGUUAAAGCCACCCCAGGAAUUGUGUGGAUUUCUGGAACUGUGCUCUGCCAACUCCUGGAGUUGCUGCCUCCUUUCUGGGAAAGUGCUGUACUUAGUCCAUGGAAAGGAGGAAUCAGUGAUUCAUACUCCUUGGACAAUCUCCACUUUCUCCUCCCUCCCCUCCCACACACACACAAAAAAAAAAUUAUAAAAAAAAAGUUUCCAUGUGGCUGUGGGAGGGGCAAGGGAUGUUUUAAGGAAAGCACAUGGCUGUGUGGACUUGCAUGGCUUUCCACAGGGAGCUGGAGCAGGAUGAGGUGAUUUGCAACCUGACAGCUCCAGACCUGUCCUUUGCAGCCACUGCCACUUGAAACUGAGGCUGCUUGAGCAUAUUUUGUUAACACAGAAUUUCCAAGCACAAAGAUGCUUAGGAGAAUUUUAGACACUCAGAAAAAAAUUGAAAUAAAAGGAAGUGUUUGUUAAAAGGUUUGACCAUGAGUGAGGGAUUUUUUUCAUGUGAAUUGGAAUAGGCUAAGACAAAGUUGAAGUAGUUAUCAUUCCAGAAAUUAUUAAAUACAGCUGAUGGAAUAUUUACACCCUCCUACUUUCCAACCCUAAGUUCACUGUGCUGGGCUGGGUUCUCUCCUUGUGCUGGAAUUUAGAAGCUGAAAGUUGCUGCAUGGAGGAGCAGGCACAAAAACAGGAAAGCAGGAGGAAGGUAAGUUCAGCACAAGCCCAGGAGCAGUAGUGAGCAGGCAGGAGAUGCUCAUGUUGGUGUCAUUAAUGACUGAAUUUAAAGCCACCUGAAAAUCAAUUAUUCAGCAAGAUAAAUGCAGCCAAUUUUUUCUCACACAAAGGCACUUUGGCCACUCCAAGUGAGCCUGGCAUUCAUUUGGCUCCAGCUAUUGCAAAGUGGCAUAAGCAAUAACAUCAGUGCUCCUACAGAAUGAAAGGCAGCCAGUGCCUUCAGCAGCACAGCCAGUCCCUGCUGCUGAACAGGAGGGGAAGGGCAGUCUGACCCCAGCACUCAUCCCUCUCCAAGGAUUCCCUCCUGUUCAGGCUCUUCACAUCCAGCAUCUCCUUGCUGCAGACAUUUGCACUGCAAAGUUGAAAAAAACCAGCUGGUUUUCCUUCCACACUUAAAAACUAGGU